AUGUCAGGAAAUAAGCGUAAAGGAGGAUCGAUUAAUUCAACAAAACCAAAGAAAAAGAAAGUAAAGUCCCCUUCAGUGGAUGUUCAACUAAGUACCAACAAUAAUUUUGUAGCUUUACAAGACCACGUUGAUGAGGAUUCAGAUAUAGAAGUUAUCUAUGAGUAUAAAAAGCCCCAACAAGAAUUAGUGUUACUUGACAGUGAGGAAGAUGAAGAUGAAGAUGCAGAAAAUGAAGUGGAAACUAAGAAGUCAGUUGACCAAUCGAACCCAAAGAAGCGUAAGUUUGACGAGGUUAACGAAGCUGAUGAUGAUAUUACUACUGAAACAAACGAGUUGGCAAAGAAUGAAGAUUUCAUUGGAUUUGGUUUUCUGUCUACCGAUGAAGAAGAAUCCGAAGGAGAAGAGAGUGAAAAUGAUGAUCACAGUGGUGCUCCAAACUCCCAAUACCCGUGGAUUAAAGAUCAUGAUCAUUCUACUCAAAAAGAGAUUGCCGAUUGGCUUACCAUGGAAAUACGAGAUUUUGUCAACUAUAUCUCCCCAUCUAGUGAUGAAAUCAUUACGAGAAAUAAAGUAAUUGCUGCUUUAAAGAAAAGUAUUUCAGAUUUUUGGCCUGGUACCACAGUUCAUGUUUUCGGGUCCUGUGCAACUGAUUUGUAUUUGCCUGGUUCCGAUAUUGACAUGGUAGUAGUUUCUGAUACUGGGUCGUAUGAAAAUGCGUCCAGAUUGUACCAACUUUCUACAUUUUUAAGAACAAACAAAUUGGCAACUGAGGUAGAGGUUAUUGCCCAUGCCAAGGUCCCAAUUAUAAAGUUUGUGGAUCCGAAAUCACGUCUUCACAUUGAUGUUUCUUUUGAAAGAACAAAUGGUAUAGAUGCUGCUAAAAGAAUAAGAAGAUGGUUAGUCUCAACUCCAGGACUUCGAGAACUUGUUUUAGUUGUGAAGCAAUUCCUUAGAACUCGUAGACUUAACAAUGUUCAUGUUGGUGGUCUUGGUGGGUAUGCUACUAUCAUCAUGUGCUAUCAUUUCUUGAGAUUGCACCCAAAAAUCACAACCGAUGCUAUGAGUGCAUUAGACAAUUUGGGGGUUUUGUUGAUUGAGUUUUUUGAAUUGUAUGGACGCAAUUUUUCAUACGACGAUUUGGUAUUGGCGUUAGAUCCGGAAAAUGAAGAGCCGAAAUAUGUUAGAAAACUGAAGUCACCACUCCAGCAUUCAGCUAGAAGUCUGUUUGCUAUUAUCAUUCAAGAUCCUGCAGAUCCUUCGAACAAUAUAACGAGAUCGUCUUAUAAUCUUAGAGACUUGAAGAAGGCAUUUGGUGGGGCGUACCAGUUACUUCUGGAAAAAUGUUAUCAAUUGAAUGCGGCUUCAUAUAAAGAGAGAUUAGGUUCACUGAUAUUGGGUGAUAUCAUCAAGUAUACCGGGAAAGAGAGAAACUUUAGCGAUGAUCGUCAUAAAGUUGUUAAUCAUGCUUUGGUAAAACAUGACGAUGACGACGAUGGUCAAGAAGAUGAUGCUGAAAGUGAUGGCCAGAAUGGAAAUGACAAGUAUUACUUCUCUGAUAUGACUGACGAAAGUGACGAGCCAUAUGUCCCGUCAGUUGCGAAACCUACACCAACCCCUUUAACCAAAAAGCCGAAGGAUACUAAAAAAUUAAUCGAAAGUAUGUUGAGUCUCAACAACAGUAGUGAUGAAGACAAGGGACUGAAAGAAGAGAACGAAGAAUAUGUUCCAACUGUUGGGACCAAGAAACCAAAGUCAAAUCUAGAUAAGGAUGUAAGGAGAGACUACUGGAGACAAAAAGGAUUAGAUUUGUAA